CUCAUUGGAUGAGUAAUAGUCGUUUCCCGCAAAUAUCCUUAAUAAAAACGGGCAAAGGAGACCUCAGUCGCUGACGCGGUUAGACCAAGCUCAGUUCUGGCUAUCGAAGAUGUCGGCGGUGCAAACUUUCCUCUCUCUCUUUGGAGCUCUGGCCGCUGUUUUUCCAAUAACUAGUGCCAUGAGCUAUCCCCAUAAGCUAGACAUGCACGAUAGAUUCUCCGUGCACUGGUUUUACAAUGCAACCGAGAGCAAGUUUUAUUUCAAGGUCGUGGCUAAUACUACGGGCUGGGCUGGUUUUGCCAUGACUACAAACUACCAAAGCCCAGACAUGAUCAACUACGACAUUGCUCUCGGCGGAAUGAGAGGCAACACAAGCUAUCUGAAUGACUACUGGUCACCCAAGAUACAAAAGCCUGAGCUUGACACGAAACAGGACCUGACCUUGAUCAGCGCUGCCGAGUCUGGAGGUAUUACUACUCUGGAGUUCAGCCGACUGGCGGAUACGGGAGACACGGACCACGACGUUCAAAUCAAGAAUAACACCGCGAUCUACAUGGCGUGGGCUGUCGGUCAGGAGGAUGCGACGGACAGCACAACAUUCCUCAAACACGCCGACAAGGCUGGCGGUGGGAGAGGACACUGGAAGGUUGCAUAUAAUAUGAUGACGGGGCAAGUGAUCCCAGAAACCACCACGGCCCCUACCAUCAAGGCAGCUGCUGCUGACAUGCGUGCGCCAGCGAUCUUGAUGGCAGUGACCGCUGUUCUUCAGAUGGUGUGGGUUGCUUUGGCUCACUAACCUCAAGGUGAUUCAGCGGUCAUCGCAACAUGAUGUCUGAAUGUACAAGUGGCCUUCAGUAGAUUACUAGUACUAAUAGUGUUCAUAAUUUAGUUUUGUUAGACGAAAUCUACUUUGAUUCGUCCGUAGAAAUCGACAAUAAGGGGAACUGGUCAAGGUCCAUCGUAUCGUCUUAACCAAAGAGAAUAACAGUAGAGCCCUAUUAAUUCGAACC